GAUCUGAGAGUCGACUGUUUGUGCUGGCGAGCUCUUCCCUCACCCAUGGGAGGGCCCGAGGUUCACGAUCAACAAACUCUCCGGUCUUCGGACCGAUAGAAAACUUGAAGUGUGACAACUCCUUCUUGUAAUGUUCAUUCGACUUUGUGAGCUUCUCACCGUCCUUCGUCAGAUGACUAUAUGCACCGCAACAGUGACGCUAAAAAUUAGACGACCAAGGAAGGUCACUAACCUAUGCAAUGAAUGUGGCAACUCAUCUGGCGCAGCGAAGAGAAGUACUAAAAAACCAUACCUUUGUAGUUGUUCCGUAAGUUUCAAUUUAGCUACCUUACCUUUUCCUGACACUUGUCAUCAAAAGUUCACUCAAAAUGCAGAGAAUCAGGGAAGUGCCUGCCAGAUGGUCAUUUCAAUUCUCCAAUGUAAUUCCUCAGCUGGACAAUAGUCAUCCGAUGUCGUAUCUGUAUAUGCAAUAAAAACCCAAACCCAAUAUGAGACAAUGAAAGAUUCUA